AUGGAAUGCUGUGAUGUCAACAGGACCUUCAGAAUGUUUGAGCUCACUUAGCUACCAUCACCGCCUUCCUCACAGUUGUGAGAUUGAGCUCUUGGUAAGCUCUGGAUGUGCCUAGAAGGCCUACAUCUUGAGAGAGAGUAGAGCAGGUGCUCACACAGUAAAAGAUUAUUACACAGAGAUAGCCUGAGGUUGGAAUCAGGAGGGGCCGUUUCCUUGGUUGGGAAACCAAAGACCACUGGAUUCCAUUAUGUCCACACCAGUUGCCUCAGACACCACACCAAGGUUUCAGAAGCCAACAAAAGGUCAAAAGAAAAAAGUGCCUGUGAAAGCAACAGUAGCUGUGACAGACAGAUCAUCAGAGAUGUCAUCUGUCUUCCCAAAGGUGUCCUGCAAGCAGAAUGAUUCAGGGAAACAGGUACCAGGGAAUAGUGUCUGCUUGGCAAAAAAAGCUCCACAGGUCAGCAGCAUUCUGGCUUCCAGUGAUGCCUCUGCAGGGGAUGUCCCUAAGCAAAGAUCCAAGAGGAAAAGGGGCCAAGGAAAAAGUAAACUGGAGAAUAUCAAGACGGAUCCAGAAUGCUGUAUCAUUUUUGCCUCCAGUGAUGCUUCUGCAGGGGAUGUCCCUAUGCAGCGAACCAAAAGGAAGAGGGUUCACAAGACAAAGACACUUGUGGAUGUCAAACCAGCUACCCAAGUUAGCAGCAUGCUGGCCUCCAGCACAGCCACCCCUGAAACUGCCCCUGGAGCCACCUCAGAGCUUAAGAUCCCCAGAAGGGGGAAGAAGAGGAGCAUAUGGACUGUGGACCGUAUAGAGGGGACAAAACUAUUCAUGAACAAGAAGAGAAGGCCCAGCUACCGCCCCGAGGACCUCGAAGCCUUCUACCGACUUCUGGAGGAUCCUGUGGUCCAGAACUUCUUGGCAGCGGACAUUUUCUUCAGGGUGACCGACAAGUACCUGCUGUCUAUGGUGGUGGAGUACUUUGGUCGAGUUGGGCUUCCUGGACAUCUCUACAACAGGAUCCACUUCUUCCUAGCCCUCUACAUCGCCUGUGAUAUGGAGGAGGAUGACCCCAUAUCCAAGAGGAGCAUCUUCCAAUUCUUGCUGGGCAGAGACACCUGGCAAGACUUAUACAAGGAUUUCCUGAAGCUGCAGAAGGAUUUCUUCCAAGCCAUGGAUUACCGAGCCUGGGUCACACCAGAGCAGUGUAUAGAGAUCCAGAACCAGAACCCACAGCACUGGGUCUGGAGCCGGGUGCGCCAGAGCACCCCCUAGGUUCCCAGGCUUGGGAACCAUCGGCAGGAUCGUGGAGCAUAGGGCUGUACUUGAGCCAGCUCUGCCCACACCUGCCAUCCCUUCUCCCCCCAACAAGAAGCUUGAGCUUAUCCCCAUGAUACAGGCACCCGAAGAACCCAUCAUCCAGCCCUGGCUCUCCUUACACCUUCAGGAUGAAGGAUCCAGGACAGCAUGUGUCUUAGUCAUGUGAAGCAGGAAAAGCAACAUAGCCAAUGAGACUCAGCUUCAAGGGUAGCAGCCUAUAAAGGCUCCUACCUUGAGAAUUUUUCACUGGAUCCCAUAGCAGCUUGAAAGGGUCCACAAAACCCAUUAUCUCCAUCUGCUGAGGAGCUAUGAUGUCACACAAAGUUCAGGAGUCCUGGACCAGGGAGGAUGAAUUUAAGAAACCAGUGCAGGCUCUGGGGUGUAACAGGGGACCAAGAAAGGAGGAACGACUGAAGUCGGAAGAUGAGAAUGUGCCCACCUACUGGGCAAGCAAUGUCUUUAGAAAUUGUUGUCAAUUUCCAAAAUAGUCCACCAGGUCAUCCAAUAAUGGCUUAUCCCACACGAUGAUGGGGAAAUCUCCCCAGGGGGCUGAUGGGAAGCACUGAGACAUUGAGCAUAAAGAUGUGGAGACCUGAAGCAUAAUCAAAGUAGGAUAGGAGAAGGGGAUCACACGAAAGUGCAGGGUACUACCACUGGGUAACCAACCAACUUGCAAAUGAGAGUCAAGAAGCAAAAGUGGGUGAGGAAGAGAUGAGAGGAUGAAUUCCCAACACUGGGAACAAAAGGGCAAAAGCUGAAGAAGAGGAAAGGCAGACUCACAGAGGACAAAUAGGGCCGGUCCUGGGGUCACAGAGGUGCUUGCAGUCUUGACAAGUGCAAGGCAGACAGGAUUUAAGACAGAAAAGACAAAGACAUAAAUUUGGGACACAGCUGAUACUGUUCACAAUAUCUUGGUUAUAUUGUUUUGGCUAAGCUUUAAUUCUUUUUUUGUUAUAAUUGCUUAUAAUUUGAUUAUACUUUUGGCUAUAAUUUUUUACUAUACUAUUUUAGUUAUAUUUGUUCCAUUAUAAAAUUUUGGCUUUGGUUAUAACUGGUGUUUUAUAAUAUUUUGGUAAUAUUCAAUUUAAUCAUCCUUAUA